AAACGACAUUAUAAAUACAAGUGCCGGCCGAGAGGCUCACAAGUGUGUGAGACGCCAUAGCCAGUGCAAAACGCGCGAAAGUUUCACGUUUGCAUUCGGAAAAUUUGAGUUACAAUGUUUGUUUUGAAGGGAAUAAUACUUUCCGCGGUGUGCGCGUUAGCAUACUCGCAAAACUACGGCCCGACGACGACACCGGUGCCGAUAUUGAAGCAGAUAAACAAACAAAACGAUGACGGCUCAUACAGCUACGGUUAUGAAGCCGCGGAUGGUUCUUUCAAGAUUGAAACUAAGUAUCCGAGUGGUGACGUAGCCGGAAAAUACGGAUACGUUGACGAGAGCGGGAAAGUUCGCGAAGUGUCAUACGGUGCGAGUAGCCAAAGGGGAUUCGAGCCAGAAGGCACUGGAAUUAUGGUACCACCGCCUACAUUACACGACCCAUCAUCAAACGCCUUGACCGAUGGCCAAGAAGACGACGGCCAAUACCGAGAGGACCCAAGGAUCUACGAGGACCCAAAAUACAAUGGCCGAGCCCAAGCGAGACCCAGUUCAUUGAGACAGUACAAGCAACCCGUCCAACCUCAAACUAACUUCCAAUCGAGUUUCCAGUCCCAACCCCAGCCCACGUACCAACAACAACAGUACCAACCGCAGCAAUACCAACAACCACAACCCCAGUACCAGCAACCACAGUACCAACAACAACAAUACCAACAACAACAAUACCAACCUCAGCCUUCUUACUCGCAACAGUCGAGUCUCUUCAGUCAGUCUCCUCAACAGUUUCCCCAAGAGAGACCUCAGAGCCAGGUGUACCACCAGCAGCCCCAGUUCUCCUACCAAGCGUACACCCCCCAACCUUACCAGAACCAGAACUACCAAUCUCAGAAUUACCAAAGCCAAAGUUACAAUCCCUUUAACGGUCACCCAGCACAAAACUUUGACCCCAACACAGGAUCAUACUCUAUCAACUUCACUGGUUAACCAAGAGCAUAUAUUAUGGUGUUCUUGGGAUAUUUAGAAAUGUUAAGAUUUUUUAUUUUAAAUUACUAUAAAUUGAUUAAAAUUUAGAUUUCGAAAGGUAUUUAUGUUUUUCGAACAAGAAUAGAAAGUAUAUUAGAAGUAUAUUAUAUAUCUUUAUAUUUAUGUAAUAUAUUUAUAUAUAUAAACAAUAAUAAUAUAUAACAAUAACCUCAUUGUACAAUAUUUAUUUAUAAAUAUAUUGAAUUCCAAAUUAAAAUAAAUUUAUAUAAAUUAAAUUAUUUAAUAUAAACAUUAAUUUAUUAUUUUUAAUUGUGAUUGACUUUAUUUACUGUCAUAA